AUGGCACUUCAAUACAAACAAGCCGCCAAAGUUAUUGAUAAUGUAUUAAAGAAGAAAGCAAGUAUUAAAACAUCUAUAUACCAAAAUAAUGAAAUAAAAAAUAAAAAGAUUAUUUUAGCAAUUGUAUCAAAAACAUUAGCAAAUAUGGAAACCAUUGAAAAACUUCUUUGUGACAUCAAAGACUUUAGAACAAUCAAACAAAAAACAAUGUUAAUGGUAAUGUUAAAUGAUUAUAUUACUAAUGGUAAAAUUAGUGGAGGAGGGGCUAUCAAAUCAGUUAUUUUAAAAAAUAAAGAAAAAAUACCUAUUCUUGAGAAGAAACAAAAAGAGCAAGAAACAUUUAAAUACUACCGAUUAAAUACAUUACGUACAAAAGUAUUUCCAUCAAUUUCUAAUAAGGUUGAACCUGAUAAAUUUAUUCCAAAUUUAUAUAAAUUAACACCACCUCUUUCUUUACCAAUUGACACUUUAUUAUCACAAGACAAACCAAGUUGUUUUCCUGCAUUUAUUUUAAAUCCACCUGAAAAUAGUAUAUGUAUUGAUGCAUGUGCUGCACCAGGAAAUAAAACAACUCAUUUAGCAACAAUUAUGAAUAACACAGGUAUUAUUUAUGCAUUUGAUAAAGAUAUAAAACGAGCUGAAUUAUUAAGAACUACAGUAAAGAAUUAUCAAGCAACAAACAUUGAAGUUAUUUGUGGGGAUUUUCUUCAAAGUGACAUUGAAGAUAUUCGUUUUGAGAAUGUUACUCAUAUUUUAUGUGAUCCAUCAUGUUCAGGGAGUGGUAUUCUUGAGAGACAAUUAACAAAAGAAAAAAGAGAUCCUGCUCGAUUAAGAAUGUUAAGUUCAUUUCAAACAAAAAUUGUUUCUCAUGCAAUGAAAUUUAAGAAUGUCCAACGUAUUACAUAUUCAACGUGCAGUGUUAAUAAUGAAGAAAAUGAAUGUGUUGUGAAAGCUGUAUUAGAUGAAAAUCCAUCAUUUAGAUUAGAACCAGCUUUUCCACAAUGGCAAAGAAGAGGUAUUGCUAUUGAUGAUAGUUACCCAUAUGAAAAUUGUAUUCGAGUUGAUCCACAUGAAGAUCAUAUGACUGGAUUUUUUGUUGCUUUAUUUGUAAGGAAAUAA